AGGAUGUCCUGUCAGCAAUGAAGCAUUUCACUGUUAAUCAGAAAAUCAGCUGCAUAGGCUGGACUGGAGAAGAGAUAAAUCUCAGAUCAAUCAAUUUUGCACUUGUCAGCAGCUCAGGUGAAAAAUUGGUGAAAGAUAAUACCUUCAACAGAGAAGAAAAGCUAUUUAGAGCUUUAGAAAAGACAGUGAGGCACUGUGUGAAGAACAUUUCAUUCUGUCUUCAACACAUACAGGAUGCCCUGCCAUUCACCCUGCAGAGCAUAUCAGAGCUCCAGGAGAUUUCAUACAACAAAGAGGAAGAGGAGAGGAGCUCUUCAGAGAUUCGGAGUAAUGCCCCAAAUCCUUGUCAAGACUUUGCAGGUCACUUGCAGAGACACAUCUUGACCCCCCUGUCAGCCUUGCUGUCCUUAUUCCCAGGGCCUCAGAAACUCAUCCAGAAACGCUAUGACAAACUGCUGGACUACAACAGCUACCUGCAGCGGUCAGCAGGAGAUGAGUCAGACUUGGCCAGAAAGGAAUAUGAGGCCCUCAAUGCCCAACUGGUGGAAGAGCUCCAGGUGUUCAACCAGGCUGCUCGGAAGAUUCUGCUGAACUGCCUGGGCAGUUUCAUAACCCUCUUCAGAGAUCUAAUGCUCAGAGGCCAGCAGACUUACUCCACAGUCGUACCGGUGCCACCGUUGGUCUCAAGCAUCUCUGGUAUUCAGAAUCGAGUACUAGAAGAGAUUCAGAAUCUGAAUUUUGUAAAGGACCACAGUGCCACCUUCAUUGAGAGGAAACUUAGUUUUGAAAAGAAGAAGACUAUGCAGCAGAGUCUGCCAGAAGUGCCACAUCAAAAUGACAUUCACCGCUCCAAACUUCUGUCCUCAUACAGUGCAGAGGAACUCUACCAAGCUAAGCGCAAGUGCAAUGCUACACAAGAAUAUGACAUCAAUCUUCUAGAAGGAGAGUUGGUGGCUGUGAUGGAACAGAAAGACCCACUAGGGAGUACAAGCAGGUGGCUUGUUGACACAGGAAUUGUAAAAGGAUAUGUGUAUUCCUCCUUCCUAAAACCCUACAAUCCAGCGAAGGUACAGAAGAUGGAUGCUGAGAACAGAUUCUAUGAUGAUGAUUUUGACAACAUCAGCCUUUUUGUGUCCUCACGGCCAGCUAGUGACAGUGUCACAGACACUCCUGAAGGUAGCAUAAGUGACAGCAGCUCAUCUCUCAGUGGCACUUGUGGAAAGCUUGAAACAAAUGGCACUGACAUUGACAGUUAUCAAGAGGUUGAUGAACAGAUAUUCUACGCAGUUCAUGCUUUUCAAGCACGGAGUGAGCAUGAACUCAGUCUUCAGGAGUACCAAAGAGUCCACAUACUUAGAUUUUGUGAUCUAAGUGGAAAUAAAGAGUGGUGGUUAGCUGAAGCUCAUGGGCAGAAAGGAUAUGUGCCAGCUAACUACCUUGGAAGGAUGACUUAUGCUUAA